CUGUUUACGCAAGUCCGAUCUUGGAGCUAAAAUUAUUUUUUUUAACUGAUUUUAAAUAGGUCUAAAAUUCCACUCAAAAUAUUCAUAUUCGUUCGUAUAUCUUUUUAUCCCUCUUAAAUUAGAGAUAAGCAAGAUCGAGUUGUGAAUAGUGUUUUUAUUGCUUUAUUACUUUCUCCUAUGUACGUUUUCAUGGUCUUAAGAACCAGUACGAGGUACGAGUCAUUGGAGUCAUCUCUGCCAUCUUCUGCCGUCUCUGUGUUUCGUCUUGUGAUCUUGCAGAUUUUGCCAAUUCUACUGAUCUUGAAACAUCAAAUAAAUUCUCCCGAACUGCUCAUUUGCCUAAGUGUGUUGACCAACGUUUGCGGGAUGGACAGUCAGGUGUGCGGGGACGGCAGGUUGAUAGACGUGAUCGACGAGAGCUGGCGCAAGGAACGUCUACCUAUUGACGACAUCUCAACACCCGUGGCUGAGCUGCCAGAUCCCGAGAGCGACAACGGCGAUUCCCAUAUGACGUUGAAGGAGUUGGAGCAGAAGUGGAAUAAUUUGGCUUUGAGCUCCCUCAGUGACAAUCAUCUGCAUUCUCCAACACCACUGCACAACUGAAUAUUCCAAGUGUUGUUGCUCAAACGCCGCAAUAAGUC